GCUGAACGCAAGAAGCAUGGCACCCGUUGGAGUUUGCUGUUAUUUUAACUCUUAAUAUAUCUUCUGCAUACUACUGAAGACAGAGUUUUAUUAUAUAGUGUGCUUUCUAUAAGUGGGACGCGAUACAAUGCUUGUGUGUAGCUUUGUCAACGAAAGCGUCACAACGGUUGAGUGACACCACCUGUACCUUUUUGGGAUUUGAAGUGUAUUUUGCUGGCCAUCACAAUGACGGCGCAUUAAGGAGACUUACCGAAAGAACUACAACCAGCCUCUCCUGUGAUACCGCCCGGACAGCUCGCUAGACCGCCCACCUCUGCUCCCUGCUACAGCUUUCAGGCAGAAAACUUCCUGAAUAAGACACAAUCAAAACAAAAGGGGCUUAUUGAAGCAAACACUCGGCACCUGUCUGUUUUAAUUAUACCUUGUAUGUGUCCAUUAUCUUAUCCCCGGACACUUUGAAAAUGUCGUGCUAGUUAGCUAACGUUAACGCCGAAGUGUAUCACCUGCUACUGCUAAUCUAAUUUUAGCGUUAACGCUACAGGUUCACUUUUUAACACCGUUCUCCUUCUCUUCAUUGGCUACACUCUCGCCACAGGUCCUCGUCUGCUCCCAUUCUGUCAUCCUCCGUGAGUGAUUGAAUGACAUAAAACUGGCAGUGGACAGGCACACACACAAAGGGUCAUUGAUUGGUCAAGGAUGACCAUGGAAGACAUGAAGAAUGAAGCCGACACCGCCUCAAUAGUCUCCAUGGCUCUCUACACUGUGAUGUAUCCCGUCUUCAACCAGUUGGAGAAAGUCAACCUAUCAGCAGCACAGACCUUGAGAGCAGCUAUUAUAAAGGCAGAGAAAGAGAACCCAGGUCUGACCCAGGACAUUGUCAUGAAAAUACUGGAGAAGAAGAAUGUAAAAAUUGACUAUAAUGAGUCUCUACUUCGCAUGGCAGACGAUGUGGAAGAGUUCAUGAUUGACAGACGAGAGCCAGAGUUCCAGGAGCUGAACGAGAGGGCCCGAGCUCUAAAACACAUCCUCAGCACCAUACCAGAUGAGAUCAAUGACAGAGUAGGCUUCCUACAGUCCAUCAAAGACAUUGCCAGUGCCAUCAAGGAGCUGCUAGACACGGUUAAUACAGUCUUCAGGAAAUACCAGUAUCAGAAUAGACGGGCACUGGAACAGCAGAAGAAAGAGUUUGUGAAAUACUCCAAGAGCUUCAGUGUCACUCUCAAAACCUACUUCAGAGAUGGAAAAGUGACAAACGUGUUUGUCAGCGCCAACCGGCUCACCCACCAAACCAACAUGAUACUGCAGGCCUUCAAGACUGUGGUGUAGCAGCUCAAGAACACACACUUUUUUAUUAGAGAAUAGGUGAUAUGAGGCUUUGUAAUUUGUAAAGACAUUUUAUUAUUUUGGGCUGUAUAAUUUAUAAUUCCGUGGCUUUGAGGGGAGACCAUGUAGUUUGAGGUUCAAAGCAAAUCAGGUUGACAGUAAUUGCCAGGGAUUUUUUACUCUCUUUUAAGUUUUUUUUCUUUUAUCAGAUUCUGAAGUCGAUAUUUCUUUGUUCCUUUUAAAUAUUUUCCUCUCUGCUCUGUGUAGUUCUUAAAAAGUUUAGGAAAAAUGUGGUUAUUUCCCAUGUCCUCAAAAGUUUGGUUAUUGCAAGU